AUAAUACCUACCUACCUGUUCGUUCAUUUGGGGCAGUUCGAGGCCCUUCACGGUCUCGCAUCCAUCAACCAACCACCGCCUCCUCAAUCCCCGACAACAGAAGCCCCCAUCAGCACGCCAUGUCCGAAGAAAGGGAUCUCGUGCCGGCCCAGUCCGCAGAGGUGGCCGCGCCGGCACCUAAGAAGGUGAAAAAGAUCAUCCGCAAGAAACGGCCAGCCCGCCCGCAAGUCGAUCCCUCCUUCAUCACCUCCGAGCCGCCGCCCCAGACCGGCACCAUCUUCAACAUCUGGUACAACAAGUGGUCCGGCGGCGACCGCGAAGACAAAUACCUAUCCAAGACCCCCGCCAAGGGCCGCUGCAACGUCGCCAAGGACAGCGGCUACACCCGUGCCGACAAGGUCACCGGCUCGUACUUCUGCCUCUUCUUCGCGCGUGGCAUCUGCCCCAAGGGCCAGGACUGCGAGUACCUGCACCGCCUCCCGGGCAUCCACGACCUCUUCAACCCCAACGUCGACUGCUUCGGCCGCGACAAGCACUCGGACUACCGCGACGACAUGGGCGGCGUCGGCAGCUUCAUGCGUCAGAACCGCACCAUCUACGUCGGCCGCAUACACGUCACCGACGACAUCGAGGAAAUCGUCGCCCGCCACUUCGCCGAGUGGGGCCAGGUCGAACGCAUACGCGUGCUCAACACCCGCGGCGUCGCCUUCAUCACCUACACGAACGAGGCCAACGCCCAGUUCGCCAAGGAGGCCAUGGCCCACCAGGCUCUCGACCACAACGAGAUUCUCAACGUGCGCUGGGCCACCGCCGACCCGAACCCCAUGGCCCAGGCCCGCGAGGCACGCCGCAUCGAGGAGCAGGCCGCCGAGGCCAUCCGCAGGGCCCUGCCCGCCGCCUUCAUCGCCGAGAUCGAGGGCCGCGACCCGGAGGCUAGGAAGCGCCGCAAGAUCGAGGGCAGCUUCGGUCUCGAGGGCUACGAGGCCCCCGACGACAUCUACUUCGCUCGCGGUGCCCAGGCCGUCAACCCCGCCGGGAGGCAGGGCUACGAGCUGGAACACGAGCAGCGGCUGAUGAUUGAGGGCGGCGAGGUCAAUGGCGACGGUGACGGGGAGCAGCAGCAGCGACAGCAGUCACAGCCUGCGGCAGAGGAGCAAGGAGGUAUAUUCUCAAACAGCACGUUGGCGGCGCUUAAAAACGCGAGGGUGUCGGCGGCUCCGAAGACCAAGGCCACGGCCCCGGCCGGUCCGUUAGUGGCGUACGGCAGUGACAGUGAGGGUGACGACUAGGCGCUUAGUGUAUUAGUAAAAAAAACAUUCGCGGGCACCUCCAGGAGGGAUACCGGCAUAGAAAAUUCGGGCGUGCGUAAAGAUCUGUAUAUAGAAAGCAUCGUUUGACCUCCAUAGAUACCAUUUGCUCAGGGCGCCCAAAUUGGACAAAGACUAAUUUGUUUCCUCGACGAUGAACCGCAACCAACUACUCUGCUCCCGCGCAUGUACCAAUCCCGGGCCAUAAUAUUCUGACCCAAGCAAGCAAAUCACACUGCCAUCCAUCCAACUUAUCCCCAACCCAACCACAAAUUCCUCCCGUCCUCCCCUCUCCCUACCCUCAGCUGUUAAAGAUGCGCGAGUACAGCAGCUCGUGGCGGCCGACCCACAGGUCGACGGCGGGGGCGGACUGGCCGGCGCGCUCGAUGGGGACGUCCCAGGCGGCGUCGACGGCGGCAGCGAGGCAGGCGCGGGUGGGCUCGGCGGCGAGGGCGCGGUGGGCGUGGUAGGGGCCGAGGAGGCCGGCGCGGACGGCGGCGGAGGCGAGGGCCUUGGCGUGGCCGAGGAGGAAGACGUAGGCGGCC